AACCGGAACUUUUUUAUAUUCUUUUUUGUUUAUUUAUUUAUAUUUUUUUUUCAUUUUCUUUUUUAUAUUUUGCUUAUAAUUCAUGUCAAAAGACAGUCAUAUUGAUUGGGAAUCAUCUCAUUUUGACAGCAAUUCAGUCAGGAAUGUUGAUGAGAAUCAAAAACGCACUUCUUGGUGUUUGAAUGAUGCUAAUGAGCAGCAACUACGUCAAGAAUUGAUUCAGAGAGCAACAGCACGCUUAAGACGUCGCAUGCUUGAACAAGACUUGCAAGACGUCAUGCGCCAAGUUGUUUCGCUACAGACUCAGCUGGAAACUUUGCAUCUUGAGACAGCAACCACCAUUGACACUGUAUCUGAUAUCCUUGAAGAGCCAAAAACAGCCGAGGGUACACAACGCAUGAACCGACAAAUGGAUAUUUUGGAAAGAAGACUUGAAUCGCAUAAAUUGGGCCUAUUUCAGUUACAACACACACCAACCGAUGUGUCAAAUGAAGCCAAGGUCGAAUCAAAUGGAACACCGAUGUCAAGACUUUCUUCUCUGUCUCUGAUGUCUUCUAUUUUUGGCCGGUCUAGUGCUAGUAGUCAAACCAGCAUCAGUGAUACUUGUUCUAUUAAAAAAGAGGACUUGUUACACGAAAGCUUGGAUGCUUUGGAAGAUGAUGACAAUAUUUCUCACAUUGAGAGCAUCACUCAUGCUGAUUGGCAACAAAAGUCCGCUUUAGAGGACGAUCAUCCUUUUUAUGAUUUGGCAGGAAAACGCAGUUUUAGAGCAGGCAGCUUUUGUGGUAGUGUCUACCAUGACAAUCAACAAGAGUUACCUCCUGUAGUUCUUCCAGUACAAGGCCGUAAUGCUGCAGAAAUUCGUCUUCGACGCCGACAACGCCGACAACGCCACAGACAAAACUUAGAACAACAACAACAACAACACAAUGACACCGACUCUGUUAUUUCUGAAGAUUUGUCUUCUGUCUCUAGUUUGUCCAACAUAGCCAGCUAUCACUAUACAAACGAUGUGUUUCUUCGUCAUCCCUUAUCGCCUGCGACCCCUCUUCCUCCUCACUGCACAGGUAGUUUUUUUGAAAACUCGAUGCAAUCCUGGUUAUCUGACGAUUUGCACAAGAAAGAGUCUUGGAUGUACGAGAGCAUUUAUCCUCAACGAAAUGUUUUGGAUGAAGCUAUGAGCUUCUUGGAUGGUCUUGGCGAAAAUGACGAUGAUGGUGGAUUUGAACAAGACAUUUAUCUGUUACUUCAAAAUCCAGAACUCUGUGGACGUCCAUUGUCAGAAAUCGAGACAACAAUGAAAGAACUUCGUCUUCAAGAGAAUCAAAAUGCUUCUAUCAAUCUUGCAGAUGUGAUCCAACUACUGAAGCCAAGCACUUGGUAUCGAUUAGGUAUCAAAUACUCAAAUGAUUUUGUGUAUCAAGCUACUUGUUCAGGUCUUCAAUGGUGUCGAUUCUUGAGCGUAUUGGCAGCUGCUGUCGUGAUCAGUAUCUUGAAAGGUCCCGAGGAUAUUCGACGCCACUCGAAUACUAGAGCUUGUUAAUUCACUCUCGUUUUCCUCUAUACCCUCCUUAUUCCAAUCUUUCUUCUUUAUAUAUAUAUAUAUGUAUACAAACACAUACAUAUUACGCGUAAGUUACUUUUUUUUAUGUAUACUGCCACUUUUUCUUCUUUUUAUGCUUUUUUUUUUCUUUUUUACAUAUAUACAUACCCUAAAAAUUAUGAACCCUCUUUUUUUUUUACAUUUAGUUUUUACCCAUAAUUCUACUGUACUAAUUAUAUGACUUUAAUCACACUCUCCCCC